UAGUGGGACUCCAACUCCAGCUUCGGAUGCUGAUGUUACCACAUUGAGAGAUGCAGCUGCCAAUGUUCCUCCCCCUCAUGAGAUCUCCAUUGAGAGUCCUGCGGGUGGUACCAUCCACGAGAUCAAAGAUGCAGACACUACUAUCAAUAAUGAGAUAAAGAAGCAGGAUGAAAAGCUAGUGAGACCUGUAACUGAGCAGAUGAUUGAAUUCAGCAUUUUGAUUGUUGGUGAAAAGUACAGUGAGGAGCUGAAUGACCCAGCUGCUGUGAAGCGUCAACUGCUCUCUGAACAAUUCAUUUCUCAGAUCAAAAGUGUAUUUGAAGGACUACCUGGAUACAAAAGCAUCCAUGUCCUGGAUUACAGCUCUCCUAAGGAGGACAGUGGGGUGGAAGUUCGCUAUGCUGUUACCUUUGAUGGAAAAGCCAUCAGCAAUGACACCUGGGACCUGAUUAACCUUCAUUCCAACAAGGUGGAGGACAACUUCUUUAUGGGCAUAGAAGAUAAUCCAACAGUUGUGUACACCAUCAGUGAUUUCCGAGAUUAUAUUGCUGAAAUCCUCCAGAAAAAUGCCUUGCUUGAAAACACUUCGUUGUCUUUAGACCCUAACUCUCUUCAACUUACUAACGUGAAAGAAAUGCUACACCCUACACCAGAAGACCCAUCCUGGAUUACUGAGAAUCCAGUUGUGCUGGAGCGCCCAGAGUUUGAUGACAGCACCUUUUUAGCUGAACGGCCUUCAGCAGAUGAAUCAACUGUCAGCAAUACCUUGCCCUUUGAUUUCACCAAACCAGAUUCCACUUCAGAUAGUGAACAGCCCAAUGACAACGAAAUCCGGCCAAGACCAGAAAAUCUGGACCUUGAGGCCAGUUUGGCACCUGAAGCUCCGCUCUCCUCAGAGGCUGACGUCACUUCUUUGCCUGAUGGGCUUAAUUUAGAGGAUGGGAAUCUGACUCCUCAUUUGGUCACUACACCAGCGUUAAGGCAUGAUUCCGUGGACUUUCUGGAAUGGCUUUCAGUCCCCAAUUCUUUAGAUGCGUUUGAAGAUAGCGGACUAUCUGAAGACCUUCUUUUGCCUUCAAGUCGUCCUCCUUACCUCGUGCCUGAAGAACCUCCCUCUACGGAUGAUUAUACAGUUCCUCUGCUUUCUGCACCGACAGUGGCCUCUUCAUCAGUCACAGAGACUGAUUUUAAAGAAACAGUAUCUGCUGAGAAGGAAGAAGUAACUCAGGGUAGUCCUGCAGACAGUAACAAUGCAGACUCGGUGUUGCAUGAGUCUGUGGAAGAAACUCAUUUUCCCUUAGAAGUACACCCUAUGGAAGAUGAAACUGAUAUAUAUCUUGGAGAUAGAGUUAUAUAUGAUGAUGGGUCUGGUUCUGCUUUUGAUGGUUCAGGAAAAGAAAUGGAAUCGAAUAUUUGGCCUUGGGAAGAAGCAACACUGGAACCAGUUUUCUACCCUGGUCCUGAUAGCUGGCUUGAAGAUGACAAUGAGUCUUUGUUAAUCACAACUGGGGAUAUUCCAGAAGGCAUGAUCUUAGACUAUAUUCUUAACUCUGGGAAUAAAUUAGAUGAUGAUCCUUCCAAAGAUAAGAAUGAAGGUAUGGCCAAGACAAAAGAAGAUUUCCUCGAUGAGUCUGAAAUAUUUGUCUUUCCAGAGACUACAACUCAGCAGGUACCUCUGUUACAGACAGAUGAGCCAUCAUCUGUGGAACCAUCUACACAGACAGAAACAUCGGGCGUGUAUGAUUCUUCUUUUGUUAAACCAUCCUUGGUUUUGGAGCCUUCAGUGGACCAUUCCUUUGUAGACACACCAACUGGAGAGUCCCCUGUCUCACCGCAAAAUACAGGUCUGUCUGUGGAAGAUAGUCUCCUUGCAUCUACAGGGACCAUCAGAAUGGAGCAACCUGAAGAGUCCAGUGUAGGUCAGAACAUCAUUUCUGAAGCAGUUGAACACCAAAAUGAAGACAGGACAAUGGUAGAAGAACUAUUCACAGUGGGGCAGUCAGAUGUAACUGAAGCUGCUACAAUAGGCCACUUGGACACAAGCUCUACAGAAACUGUUCUGACUGCAGAUCCUUACACAGCAAACCCUGAUGCUUCCGCAGAAGAGGAGCAAACCCUAGAUUCAUCAUUGGCAGGCCAAGACACUACUGGAUCAGCAGUGAAGAAGCCAGCUGAUGUUUGGCCUACUGACAGAGCACUGGAAAACGCAUUAGAUCUGACAGUGCAAUCAGCAGUGCUGACUGCCACUCAACUUACAACUGCAGUUCCCUCUGUAGCUGAUCAGACCACUGUUCCAGAGGACUUCACUGGACAGGGCGGUACAGACCACGACACGCGUGUUUCCAUGAGCUUCAGCACUGUUACGAACUCUUACGUAAUGGUGAGUGUAACAGCGAGCACUGUUGAGCUUCCGUCCCGUCUCCCUCCUGCGGGAUCCAUGGCGUCAUCAUCUGUGGCUACAACAAAGCUGGGAGAUGAAGCGACGAGAGUCCUGGAUGUUUCAGUGGACCUGGAUCGUGUGAGCACUGUCCGCUUUUCUCCUGAGCUGACUGAGGAGGGAAGGAGCAUGACUGAAAGUCACGUGGAGCUAACAACCCAUGUCCAGUCCACACAGAUGGCCAGUGUGGCUUGGGCCACACAUGAAAAUCGCAAUAGCACUCCUGUCCCGUCGCGAGCUCUAGUCGUAUUUUUCAGUCUUCGGGUUACCAACAUGAUGUUUUCAGAGGACCUGUUUAAUAAAAAUUCCCCUGAAUACAAAGCGCUGGAGCAGCGAUUCUUGGAACUACUGGUGCCCUACCUUCAGUCAAAUCUGACAGGCUUCCAGAAUCUGGAAAUCCUGAACUUCAGAAAUGGCAGCAUCGUGGUGAACAGUCGAAUGAAAUUUGCCAAACCUGUGCCUCGGAACGUCACCAAUGCUGUGUACAUGAUCCUGGAAGACUUUUGCAACACUGCGUAUCACACCAUGAACCUGGCCAUUGAUAAAUACUCCCUGGAUGUGGAAUCGGGUGAGCAAGCAGAUCCCUGCAAGUUCCAGGCCUGCAAUGAGUUCUCCGAAUGCUUAGUAAAUCGUUGGAGCGGGGAAGCUGAGUGUGUCUGCAAUCCUGGCUACCUAAGCAUCGACGGGCUGCCGUGCAAUAGCAUUUGUGAUCUGCAACCAAACUUUUGCCUGAAUGAUGGGAAGUGCGACAUAAGCCCUGGGCAAGGGGCCAUCUGCAGGUGUCGUGUGGGAGAGAACUGGUGGUACAGAGGGGAGCACUGUGAAGAAUAUGUGUCUGAGCCACUGGUUGUGGGUAUUGCAAUUGCUUCUGUGGCAGGAUUCCUUCUUGUGGCGUCUGCUGUCAUCUUCUUCUUGGCCAGGACCCUUCGAGACCAGUACACAAAGAGUGACACCGAGGACUCACAGGGGCAGGGUGACAGCCUCUCAUCCAUUGAGAACGCGGUUAAAUACAACCCCAUGUAUGAAAGUGAUACGACUGGCUACAGCCAUUAUUACCGGCGAUACCCUCAGCUAACGUCCUACAGUUCUACCAGUGCAGAGACAUCCACAGACUACAGCAGUGAAGAGAUCAGGCACAUUUAUGAAAACAGUGAGCUUACUAAGGAGGAAAUUCAGGACAGAAUUCGAAUUAUAGAGCUCUACGCUAAAGACCGUCAGUUUGCAGAGUUUGUUAGGCAGCAUCAAAUGAAGCUGCUUUAAGAAAAAAAGAAAUCAGUAGAAUGCAUGUGGGAGAUAAAGACUACCUUGUUGCCAUAGCAAUGGGCUCAGCUGUAACUGCAAAGUUACUUAUAGUCUUAACAUUGCAUGGAUGGAUACAGAUGUUUUCUAAAUGAAUGGCUAAAACAUACAGAUGUCUGUUUAUCUCAAUUACUUCUGGCUUUUCUGUGUAAAGUGACAUUUUUAAGAGGUGAUCAGAAGUGGCAGAGGUUAUGAAAGUUCAUUUUUCUUUAACUCUGAAACGGACAGUGAAAGUUUGCAUACCAAGGCAAAA